UAUGUCUGAGAAAUCAUUUGAAGAUACUGUCAAACAUGCUCAAAAAUGUAGUUUCAAUAGGGAAACAUAUUGGCAUGAUGGUGUAGUCUUCAAUAUUAUUGGGGAAAUCAUUGGACUUGAUCAUUUUGAUGGUCAGUUCAUUGCCUUUGAUCAACUUCUUGAUGACAACAAGGCCAUUGCACGCAAAAGUGUGUUAUUUGCAUUUAAUUCAAAGGAGAAUUUGUUGGUCCCUUAUAAGGAGGCUUCUUCCCAUCGACUAAUUCCUACUCCGAUUCAUCAUGAAGACAAUCAUCAUCAUCCCCUUAAUGAAGGAAUGAACGAAUUUUAUGAGAAGGAAACUGAGGUGGAUUUGAGCGGUUUUUUUGUGGAUGAUUGGAAUCAUUUUCUAAGCAAUGAAAUAUCCAUGAUGAAUGUUAAUGCAGGUUCAAAUGGUAACAACACAUGUUACUCUACUGUGGUUAGAAAUUCCCAUAAAAGAUGGAAAUUGUUGUAUGGUGUGUCAAGGCUGAUAUUCAAGAGGAGAAAUGUUUCAGAAUUUCUUUAUGAAGCUCAUAAAAGGCAAAAGAUGAUGAUCAUAUGCUGAUAUUGGGGCCUCUUAUUCUCUUCAUUGUUUAUAAUUCAUUUUAUUGAUACUAUUUGUUUCAUACUUGAUAACCUUUUGUCUCUCUGAAAUGCUUGGAUUUAUCUGAUCAAACAC